AUGAGGUUAUGGCGAAGAGGCCUGGUCCUCCAGGCUCUGAGGAAUUCCUGGGGCAUCUGCAGGCUUCACAGGCAGCCACCACCUCCGCCUGUCCCUGAAGUUGUGGCCACCUGGGAAGCCAUCAGCCUGGGGAGGCAGCCAGUGCCUGAGUACUUCAACUUUGCCCACGAUGUGCUGGAUGAGUGGAGUCGGCUGGAAAAGGCAGGGAACCGGCCCCCAAAUCCUGCGUUCUGGUGGGUAAACGGCUCAGGAGCCGAAGUCAAGUGGACCUUUGAGGAGCUGGGGAAGCAGUCCAGGAAGGCAGCAAAUGUCUUAGAGGGUGUGUGUGGCCUGCAGCCUGGAGACAGAAUGAUGCUGGUGCUUCCACGACUCCCAGAUUGGUGGCUGAGCAGCGUGGCUUGUAUGCGAACAGGUGUGGUCAUGAUUCCAGGUGUCUCCCAGCUGACAGCAAAGGAUCUCAGGUACCGGCUGCAGGCAGCCAGGGCCAAGUCCAUCAUCACCAGUGAUGCCCUAGCUCCACAUGUGGAUGCCAUCAGUGCUGACUGCCCCUCCCUCCAAACCAAGCUUCUGGUGUCCAACACCAGUCGUCCAGGCUGGAUCAAUUUCCGGGAACUCCUUCGAGAGGCAUCUACAGAGCACAACUGUGUGAGAACUAAGAGCCGAGAUUCUGUGGCCAUCUACUUCACCAGUGGAACCACGGGGGCCCCCAAGAUGGUGGAACAUUCCCAGUGCAGCUAUGGAUUGGGUUUUGUGGCCAGUGGAAGGAGGUGGAUGGCCUUGACUGAAUCUGACAUCUUCUGGAACACAACUGACACCGGUUGGGUGAAGGCAGCGUGGACACUCUUCUCUGCCUGGUCCAAUGGAGCUUGCAUUUUUGUGCAUGAGCUGCCCCGAGCUGAUGCCCAAACUAUCCUAAAUACUCUCUGCAAGUUCCCAAUAACUACCUUGUGCUGUGUCCCAACCCUCUUCCGGCUGCUUGUACAGGAGGAUCUGACAAGGUACAAGUUUCAAAGCCUGAGGCACUGUUUGACUGGUGGAGAGGCCCUCAACCCUGAUGUGAGGGACAAGUGGAAGAACCAGACAGGCCUGGAGCUCCAUGAAGGCUACGGACAAUCUGAAACAGUCCUUAUCUGCGGCAAUUCAAGAGGCUCGACAAUCAAGUCUGGAUCUAUGGGGAAAGCAAGCCCACCUUACGACGUGCAGAUUGUAGAUGAGGACGGCAAUAUCCUGCCUCCAGAAAAAGAGGGGAAUGUUGCUAUCCGCAUCAAACCCACCAGACCCUUCUGUUUCUUCAACAGCUAUCUGGAUAAUCCUGAGAAGACAGCCUCAUCAGAGAAAGGAGACUUUUACAUCACUGGGGACCGAGCCCACGUGGACAAGGAUGGCUACUUUUGGUUCUUAGGGAGAAAUGAUGAUGUGAUCAACUCUGCAAGCUACCGGAUUGGGCCUGUUGAGGUGGAGAGUGCCCUUGCAGAACAUCCAGCUGUCCUUGAGUGCGCUGUGGUCAGCAGCCCAGAUCCCAUUCGGGGAGAGGUGGUGAAGGCAUUUAUCGUGCUUUCUCCAGCCUACACGUCUCAUGACCCAGAAGCACUGACCCGGGAACUCCAGGAGCAUGUGAAGAAGGUGACUGCUCCAUACAAGUACCCCAGGAAGGUGGCUUUCAUUUCCGAACUGCCAAAGACGGUUUCUGGAAAGAUCUUAAGGAGUAAAUUGAGAGAUCAAGAGUGGGGGAGAUGA